UCUCCUCCUAUCUGUUGCAUACAACAAUUGUCAUUUAUAAGCGAUGGUCGCUUGAUUGGUCCUAAGUAUUUGCUGUUCCUGUACAAGACAUAAAUGCAAAAUGCGUUUGUUACUUUUACUGUCUUUGACUGUAACUGUUUCAUUCAGCAGUCGUGUAAGUUUCGAAAAUCUGGAUAUAGAUAGGUUACUGAGUAACGAGGGCCAGAGGAAAGCAGCAUUUGCAUGUCUUAUGGAUAAAGGACCGUGCGGAGAGAUGCAAGCACUAAAAGAUAUUAUACCUCAUUUAAUAAAAACAAGAUGCGGUGACUGUAAUUCAAAACAAAAGCAAAAAUAUGACUACGUAUUGAAAGUACUUUUUGAAAAAUAUCCAGAGAAAUUCAACGCUUUAGUUUUAAAAUAUUCGUUGAAAGCGCUCUAAUUGUAAAUAAAAUUCAAGGUUGUAUAUAUAUAUACAACUAAAUUUAAAAGCAAAAGUUUGAUGAUAAUUAUUUUCUUCCACUUAAUUUACCUUUCAAAAUAAUUCAUUAAAAUUUAAAUAAGUUAAAUUUUUGACUAACAAUAAUAAUUAUUGUUUCUACCGACUCUAAAUCGACUAAAUAAAAUGAUGUUGUUUAUUAAAAAGUGAUUUUAUUUAUUUUUGUGCAUGAUUAACGUUUCUCGGAAUAAAAAGCUUGCAUAUAUACUUACAUGGAACAUUUUAUGACUUGCUAUGAAUGUAAGGCAUCGAAAAAGUCGAAUUUCAAGAAAUCAAUAAAUGACGUCAAUUCUGAGAAA